AUGGACGCUGUCGAGUCGCCCAAUGCCACCUCCGAGUCUGGAACCCUAAGCCCGGCGCACUUCAACCACUCACGCAAGCGCAAGCACUCGGGCUCGACUGACCGUCCCACCCGCGAGUAUGGGUUGAUGCGCGACACGGGCAAGCAUGACACCGCCCGCUUCGUCGGCAGCGGCAGCGGCAUUCACUUCAUCCGGGGCGUCUACGUCCGCCUCGCCCGCAAGUCCGCCCUCCGCACCUCCUCGUCCUCCCAGGCCAACAACAUCAACGACCUCGUUCCCGGCGAGGACGACCAGCUGCAGCGCGAGAGUUCUUCUCGAGAUGGCGACGACCUGAGCCUGUGGCGGCCGCACGAGCUGGCGCCAGAGGGCGAGGGUAAUGAUGCUAACCCUUCGUUUGAGCAGCUCGUCGAGUGGUCGAAAAGCUAUUUUGAAGCAUGGCACCCGACGCUGCCUUUUCUCAGCGCGCCUGAUGUGCUGGGCCUCUUUGAAGAGGUGAGCGCGAAUGGUAUCGCUGCUCUCGGUCACCUCGAGAGGUCGAUUGUCAAGUCGAUAUUGUCCAUCUCGCUAGCUGAUAGCAGGCAAAGAGCUCCCUUUGCUCGGCCGGUACCAAGCUCCCUUGUCUUUCGAACAGUCGAAGAGGCAAUGUCUGCAUCGCAGUUUGCACUCUACAAACCGGCCUCAAUACAGGCCACCCAAGCAGCGCUUGCCAUACAGCUCUUUCUCGUAUCGAUGCUACGUCUCAACUCAGCAUCUCGAUUAGGCGGGCUGAUUGUCCGCAUGGCCUUCCACCUCGGUCUCCACCGCUGUCCCUCACGAUACCCCUUCUUCACCAAGGAGGAAGCCCACAUGCGUCGAAGGGUGUUUUGGUGCAUCUACUGCAACGAAAGAUUCCUCUGCCAGGCAUUAGGGCUGCCCCUGGACAUCCGAGACGACGACGUUGACGUAUGCUACCCGGGGGAGGAAAGACAUGGGACACCACUCGAUGGUGAAGACAACCGCCUGCAACUCCUAACCUACCUCGUCAAACACGCCAGGAUCCGAGGUCUCAUUCUCGAGCUGCGGAACAAGUCCAUACACACCCGUGACGACACCGCAGACCGCGCCAGCUACGUCCAGGCGGAGCUCGCAAAAUGGUCCAACGAGAUCCAUGAUGCGGUCGAGGACGAGCCGCACCCGGGCGAGUCCGCUGACGAGAACACGCCGCAGCCCCCAAUAUCGUCAAGCCACCGUGUGUUCCUGCUGCUCCUGAAAUACGAGUCCAUGAUCUCGCUCAACAGGCCGAUGAUGACGUCGGACCCAUCGAGCCCGGCGUACUCUGCGGGACUGCAGAAUUGCAUCUUUGCGGCAAAGUCAAUUUUUAUCGCUCUGAAGCGGUAUCUGACGCAGCACAAGAUGUCGGAUGAUCCGACGAGCGCGUGUCUCUCUGAGCCGAUGCUGCAGCCUUCGUUCACGUGGGCUGUCUGGAUCAGCGCGUUCAUUCUCAUAUAUGCGGCGUUUGAGAGGCAACUGCCGCUGUCAAGCGCGUUGAAACACGUCGAAUCAGGAAAAGACAUCCUGCGCCACAUCGCCUCCCGCGACACCUCCUGGCCAGAAUACUGCCUCUCCGCCAUCGACGAGCUCACAGCCGCCUCCGUCAGCGGUCAACCGGGCACCUCGAACCUGCGAACGCGCUUCUCCCCGUCGGUGGCAGCAUCCUCCGGCCGCCCCGACGACACCAUCCCCGCUGCCGCGGAUACCAUGACCUGGACGCAGACGCAGAGCGAUGGGCUGGAGGACGCGAGCGGCAGGUGGCCCACGCAAGCAUCCCCGGCCUCCGGCCCGCCUCUCGCGGCGUGGUCCGCAAGUCCGGGCGCGCAGUCGUUCCAGGCUACCGCGCCGCAGGACUCGCCCAACUUUGACAGCCAGCCGUUCUCGCUGGCGCUGGCGGCGACGUCGUUCCCGGCUGUGAAUAAUGCCGAGACGGGGGCGCCGGGUGAGGGACAGGAGUCUAUGGUGUGGUAUGACCAGCUCUUUGCGAAUUCGUUUGGGGCGAUUGAUUAUCCGUUUCUGGCGGCGGCGCAGUUUGAUCCGUCGGUGGAUCCUACGUGGUCGUAUUUGCGAUGA